UUACAAAAUGUAUAUAUCAUCGGUUGGAAAACGGAGCGUGUGUGUGAGUCUCUGGUGGCGACUCAAAAAAUAAAGACAAGAAGAAUCACCCACUCGGGGAUUCAAAAAAAAAAAAAGUUGGAAGAUAAAUAGUCAAUAUUGAGUUUUUACAUUAGUCGUAUGAGUUGAUGUGUGAGGCUCUGAUAGACCGAGAGAAAAGUUAGUGGCAUGUCCGUGCGCUGCAGUUGAGGAGGAGAACCAGUCCAGCUUUUACUUUAAUAUUCUUCACUGUACAUGUUCUUUAUUGUCUGGACGCACGAGCGGACACCCAUGACAUUACGCACCGGCCGCGAGCGGGGCUGCAAAUGGGCGGCAUAGGCGGCAACCUCCACCUCAGCAUGUUGACUGGGGCUGAAACGCAAACUUUCGGAAAGAGCGCGGACACCAGCAGCCAGCACCUCCUCCACCACCAGCACCACCGCGGCGGCGGCAGCGGCAGCAGCAGCAGCAGCAGCAGCAGGGAUCUAGCCGAGUUGAAGAUGGGGAUUCAGGACGCGAGGUUUUACUACCCGGACUCGGUGCAGGGCGGCCAGGACGCGCUGGCUCUGCCGUUCCACCCGGAGCCGGCGGUGGGAGGCGGGUUCGGAGCGCAGCCGGGCAGGUUUUACGCGCAGAGCCUCGGCGGCUGCCCGUACGGCGCAGUGCGGUCGCCGCCGCCGCCGCCGUCGAGAAGCGGAGCCGGCGGGCAGGGCUACAUCGCGGCGGCGGGGGACGGGUUCCCCGCCGGUGGCAAAGACAUGUACUCCCCGUCGCCGGAGACGUACCCCGGCGGCUUUCAGCACGGCUACCAGCGGCCGCCUCUCUACCCUUUACCUGGGCUCCAGGUGAGCGGGAAGACUCAGGCUCUGCUCAACAACUACCCGCUCUGGGCCAAGUUCCACAAGUUCCAGACCGAGAUGAUCAUCACCAAGCAGGGGAGGAGGAUGUUCCCCUUCCUGAGCUUCAACAUCAGUUCUCUGGAGCCGUCUGCUCACUACAACGUCUACGUGGACGUGGUUCUGGCCGACCAGCACCACUGGAGGUACCAGGGGGGCAAGUGGGUCCAGUGUGGCAAAGCCGAGGGCAACAUGCCAGGGAACCGGAUGUACAUGCACCCCGACUCCCCCAACACCGGCGCUCACUGGAUGAGACAGGAAGUGUCGUUCAGCAAACUGAAGCUCACCAACAACAAGGGCAGCACCAACAACGUGGCGCAGAUGAUCGUGCUCCAGUCGCUGCACAAGUACCAGCCUCGUCUUCACAUCGUGGAGACGAAGGAGGACGGCUCCGAGGACUCCUUCCUCUCGGCCAAAGCUCAGACCUUCGUCUUCCCGGAGACCCAGUUCAUCGCCGUCACGGCCUAUCAGAACGCAGACAUCACUCAGCUGAAAAUAGACCAUAACCCCUUCGCUAAAGGUUUCCGUGACAAUUACGACACGCUGUACGCUCCUCCCGACUCUGAUCGCCUCACCCCCUCCCCCACGGAGAGCCAGCAGCUGCUGCCGGGGAGCUGCUACCCUCAGGGCUACCUCUCCGAGCAGUACAUGAGCCCGCUGCCCCAGGGCCGCUUCUUCGGCCGCGAGCCCCUCGGCAUGGGCCAGCAGCACAAGGACCCGUCGUCCAGCCCCGGUCCUCACAGCUGCUGGUACCUGCCGCCGCAGCAGGGCGUGGCGCCCAACCGGCUCGACUUCACUUCCUCCUACGAGGGCGACUUCGCCGGAAACGGUUUCUACAAGCCCUUCCCCCUGCAGGCGUCGGCUCACCACGCCCUCAGCUACUACCCCGACCAUCCCUUCGCAUCCACCAGCGUGUCGGUGUCAGGGGCCACCUCGGCAGGCUGGACCACCAGCCGGCCGACCCCUCAGUACCUCAGUCACCCCAGUAAACAUGGCCCCAGUCUGGGCUGGUUCAGACCCAUCUCGUCGUCCUCCUCGUCCUCAUCCUCCUCCAUGUCGCCUGGCAACCCCAGGAUGCUCCUCCCCUCGCUCCUCGAGCCCCUGCCGCCGCCCCCGCUACAGGACAAGCCCAAAGACGCUGUGGCGGCGGCGGCGGCGGCGGGGGAGGAGCCGUGGCUCGACGCGCCCUCCGUGAAAUCGGCAGACUCUGCGGACUCGGGCCUGUUCGAGGGCGGCGCGGGGGACAGCAAGAAGAGGAGAGUGUCGCCCUACACGUCCAGCACGGAAAACUCCCCGCCUCCGCGCACCGGAGACGUGGGCCAGAAGGACGGCAACAGCAACGCAGACUACUAUGGCUACUUCGCCCACUGAGGGACCUCACGCAGCCGCCGCAGUCUCUCCCAGCGUCCUCCCACACCGCCCUCGCGGACGCGUAUCGGGUCCGUCCAGUCAGGCGCAGGCGCUGCAGACAAACACCACAACCACGUAAACAGAACAUCUGCCGCCUGGCGUCACCACGCGGCGACGGCCUGGCUCGCUGCGAGAGUUCCCUGUCAAACUGUCAACUGUCCA